UGCAAGGAGAAAGGCAGAUGAACUGAAGGCAAACUGUCACUGAUUUUGCCUCUGUCCUAGAGGGAAGAUUGCUGAUGUAGAGUGGCUCUGACCUGCCUAGAACCAUCUGCCAUGAAGACAGCUCUAAGGAAGUUAUGGAUCUGAUCAACUCUACUGAUCACCUGAUCAAGGUAUCUACUUUAGUAAGAAACAGCACUCACUUUUUAGCUGCUGCUUCAAAAACCCGUCUGAUCAUUGCCCUUCCUUUGUUCAUAUCCUUUAUAAUCGGUACCAUCACCAACGGCCUCUAUCUAUGGGUGCUAAAAUUCAAAAUGAAAAAGACUGUCAAUACACUCUUAUUUUUUCAUCUUAUUCUCUCAUAUUUUAUUUCAACAUUGAUUCUGCCAUUUAUGGCUACCUCCUACAUUCAGGACAAUCACUGGAAUUUUGGAACUGCCAUGUGCAAGGUCUUCAAUGGCACUUUAUCUCUGGGAAUGUAUGCCUCUGUAUUCCUCCUCGCAGCCAUCAGUCUGGAUCGUUAUCUUCUCACUCUUCAGCCGGUGUGGUCACAGCAGCACCGAACCCCACGCUGGGCUUCCAACAUCAUCUUGGGAGUCUGGAUCUCUGCCACUGCCCUCAGCGUUCCCUUUUUGGUUUUCAGGGAGACAUAUGAUGACCACAAAGGAAGAGUGAUCUGCCAAAAUAACUACGCUGUGUCUACUAACUGGGAAAGCAAAGAGAUGCAAGCAUUGAGGGAACAGAUUCAUGUAGCCUGUUUUAUCAGCCGCUUCCUUCUGGGCUUCCUUCUGCCCUUCUUAAUCAUUGUCUUUUGUUAUGGGAGAAUAGCCCACAAGAUAAAACAGAGGGGCUUGGUUAAAUCCAGCAAGCCCUUCAAAGUCAUGAUGACUGCCAUUAUCUCUUUCUUUGUGUGCUGGAUGCCCUACCAUGUACUUCAGGGCUUAAUUCUCACUAAGAACCAGUCAGUAUUUUUACAGUUGACUCUGAUACUUACAGUGAUAACCACUUCCUUCAAUACUGUCUUUUCUCCCACACUCUACCUGUUUAUUGGGGAGAAGUUCAAAAAGGUUUUCAAAAAGUCCAUUCUUGCCCUGUUUGAGUCAACAUUCAGUGAGGAUUCUUCUGCAGAAAGGACACAAAACCUAAAUUCAGGAGCUGAAAUUUAAACUUUGGACUCUUAAGAAAACAUGGACUUUGUGUUAAUUAUACCAUAAGAGACAUGCCCCAUGCUUUUUUUUUUUAAUCAAAAAUUUGCUGUAAUAGACAUCUAAGCUGUACUCUGAUUAGAUCUAUGAAUAUUAAACAGGGCUGUAAGAAAGCAAGCAAUAAGUGAUGUUGUAAAUGUGAUUCUUAAUCUUUGAUUUAUGAGGCUAUAGGAAUAUCUUUCAUAAAUGCCAAGAGUAUCCAUGGACCUGAAUUUUCUGUCAAUGAAUCUUCUAGCAAAUACACAUUCGAACAGAGCUCCCUCUUUAUUUAGAUAACACCUAAAUUAUUUAACUAGUGUGAACAAAAUUUAACAUGGAUAUGACAAGGCACUCAUCUUGUCAUAUCAAUGUUAAAGUAUAAAGACAUUUAUACCUUAAUGUCUUAAGUGUAAGACUUUUUAAAAAAUAAUACUUUAUUGUGUUUUUGGUGAAAGUUUACACAGCAAAUUACGUUCCCAUUUAACAACUACUACACAAAUUGUUUAGUGACAUGGGUUACAUUUUUCCCAACGUAUGAACAUUCUCAUGUUUAGUUUCUGGAUGUUUAGUUCUCAGUAACCUGGUUUCCUUGUCCCCUUGCCCUUUCAUCUUUGCCUUAGAGUACUUGUUGAUCAUUUGAUCUCAUAUAGAUGAUUUUUUAAAGUGCACAGGGCUCACUGGUAAUAUUCUUUAUGAGCCAAUCUGUUAUUUAGUUAAAAGGUGACCUCAGAGGGUUAUCUAGUUCAACGUUUAUGAAGUAUCUCAGAGCAAUAGUCUCAGAGUCUUCUUGUCUCAACUGGUCCAGUAAAACUGGACUUUUUAAGAAUUUUAGUUCAGUUCCACAUUUUUCCCUCCUUCAAUCAGGAUCCAUCUAUUGUGGCCCUGCUCAGAAUGGUCAUUAAUGGUAUCGGGCACCAUCUAGUUCUUCCAGUCUCAGGGUAGAGAGGCUGCGGUUUGUGUAGACUAUUAGUCCCAUAGACUAAUCUCUUCUCUGGGUCUUUGGUUUCUUUUUUCUCUUUUGCUCCAGAUGAGAAAAGACCAAUAGCUGUAUCUUAGAUGUCUGCUCGAAAGCUCUUAAGACCCCAGACACUACAAGUAUAAAGACAUUCUUAAAGCCUCUUUUCAAUACCUAUAGAUUAAACUGUCUUGGAAAUGCAGGAUUAUGACAAUUAGAAUGUUUAAGGAUUUGCCUGGGUAAUAUCAUAGUAUAUUUAAUUUUAGAAUAGCAAUAACUAUUAGUAUGGCUUCCCUGGUUUUCAAGUUUUGCUUCAAGCUUUUUGUAAUACAUUGUAGCACCUAAGUUAUGGGAGACCGCAGCAUCACUCAUCUGCUACCCUUUAUUUAAGGUCAUCCUAUAUAGUUUUUUAUAUAGUUAGUUCAAAUGAUACAGCAUGGAGAUAUUUAGGCCACAAUCCACAUUCAGUCCCUAAAUGUGCCAGCUGGCUUUGCACAAACCAU